AUGUCGGGCGCUCCUGAUCGAGAGGCCGUGUUUCCCACGCGCCAGUCUUUGGGGAUCAUGAAGGCCAAACUCAAAGGUGCUGAGACGGGUCACAGUCUACUGAAGAGGAAGAGCGAGGCUCUGACGAAGUAUGCCUCUUUGAUAUCUCGGAAUGACUUCUCAUCACGUGGACUGAUUGCUGACAUUCUCUGCAUCGUAGGCGAUUCCGAGAUUACAAGACGUAUCGACGAGGCCAAGCGAAAGAUGGGUCGCGUCAUGCAGAUUGCUUCCUUUUCUUUAGCCGAAGUCACGUAUGCUGUCGGGGGUGACAUUGGCUACCAGAUUCAGGAAUCGGCGAGAUCUGCUAGGUUCCGCCUACGCACCAAGCAGGAGAACGUGUCUGGUGUCCUGCUUCCAGCCUUCGAGAGCUAUGUCACUGAAGGUAAUAAUGAUUUUGGCCUGACGGGCCUUGGAAAGGGCGGCCAGCAAGUUCAACGUUGCCGUGAGACGUAUGCUCGCGCCGUAGAGGCCUUAGUUGAGCUCGCUAGUCUACAGACCGCAUUUGUGAUUCUGGACGAGGUGAUCAAGGUUGUCAACAGACGCGUCAAUGCCAUCGAGCACGUCAUUAUCCCUAGAACAGAGAACACCAUCAAGUAUAUCAACUCAGAACUGGACGAGCUGGACAGAGAGGAGUUCUACAGAUUGAAAAAGGUGGCGAACAAGAAACAACGAGACACGGCAGCCGCAGACGCAGAGAUCAAGGCGAAGAAGGCAGCCAUGGCAGACCAGGAGGGUGACAACAGGUCAGGACCUACCGACCUUCUCGCCGCUGACGAUGACAACGAUGUCAUCUUUUAA